UGGGGGGCGCCCCGCAGCAAAGCCGGGCUGCAGCGUCGAGCUCACCGUGCUGCCGGCGAUCCCAAACGUGCUCGUGGAGACGUCCGUUCCUGUCGAGCCAUGGCAGCGGCAGCCCUCCGGCCUUGGUGCCUUCAGUUGAGGCUGCUGCUGCAGCUGCUACUGCUACUUUUGCUUCGGGCUGAUCCCGUGCGGCCCGACAGUAAGGUGUUCAGCAACCUGGACCAGGUACAGAUGACCUCAGAGGGCUCUGACUGCCGCUGCAAAUGCCUUCUGAGACCACUGAGCAAGGAUGCGUGCAAUCGGGUACGAAGUGGGCGUGGACGAGCAGAGGACUUCUACACUGUGGAGACCCUGAGUUCGGGGACCGACUGUCGCUGCUCCUGCACUGCUCCCCCUUCCUCACUCAACCCCUGUGAGAAUGAGUGGAAGAUGGAAAAACUCAAGAAGCAGGCACCUGAGCUCCUCAAGCUGCAGUCUAUGGUGGACCUCCUGGAGGGUACCCUGUACAGCAUGGAUCUGAUGAAAGUGCAUGCCUACAUCCACAAGGUGGCCUCCCAGAUGAACACACUGGAGGAGAGCAUUAAGGCCAACCUGAGCCAGGAGAACGAGGUGGUGAAAGACAGCAUACGCCACCUCAGUGAGCAGCUGAAGAGCUACGAGAACCAGUCAGCCAUCAUGCUGAGCAUUAAGAAGGACCUGUCCAGCCUGGGCCUCCAGCUGCUGCAGAGGGAUGCGGCUGCCGUCCCUUCUGCUGCCUCAGCCUCAAGCUCUGACAGCAAAGCUCAGGACACAGCUGGAGGGCAAGACAAAGACCUCAACAAAUACGGCAGCAUACAAAAGAGCUUCUCAGAAAAGGGCCUUGCAAAGCCUCCCAAGGAGAAGCAGCUGAAGGUGGAGAAGCUGAGGAAGGAGAGCAUCAAGGGCAGAUUACCCCACCCCACAGCCAGGCCACGUGCCCUGGCCCAGCAGCAGGCUAUGAUCCGAGGCUUCACCUACUACAAGGCGGGCAGGCAGGAGGCCAAACAAGAAGAACCGAAGGCCGUGGCUGACAACACCCUCAAGGGCACUUCCUGGCUGGAGAAAGUACCACCCAAGAUGGAGGCCAAGCUUCUAGAACCAAACUCCGCCAAACAUAAUGCAGUCAUGCUGAAGGCUUCAGAAGGACCCAGCUUGGCUCCUCACAUCUCUACUUCCACCCCAAGUCCUGCCACCACUCCCUGGCACACUGAGCCACCUUUGCAUCCAGAAGUCCCAAGCCAAGGUAAGGACAGCUGUGAGGGCACCCUCCGAGCUGUGGACCCCCCUGUGAAGCACCACAGUUAUGGGCGCCAUGAAGGGGCUUGGAUGAAGGACCCUGCAGCUCUAGAUGACAGGAUCUAUGUCACCAACUACUACUAUGGAAACAGCCUGGUGGAGUUUCGGAACCUGGAAAAUUUCAAACAAGGGCGGUGGAGUAACAUGUACAAGCUACCCUACAACUGGAUAGGCACGGGCCAUGUGGUGUACCAAGGCGCCUUCUACUACAACCGUGCAUUCACCAAGAACAUCAUCAAAUAUGACCUGCGCCAGCGCUUUGUGGCUUCCUGGGCAAUGCUGCCUGAUGUGGUCUACGAGGACACCACACCCUGGAAGUGGCGUGGCCACUCAGACAUAGAUUUUGCUAUAGACGAGAGUGGUCUCUGGGUCAUCUACCCAGUUGUGGAUGAGCGAGAUGAAGCCCAGCAUGAGGUGAUUGUGUUGAGCCGCCUAGACCCCCGAGACCUCUCUAUGCACCAAGAGACCACGUGGAAGACACGGCUGAGGAGGAACUCCUAUGGGAACUGCUUCCUGGUGUGUGGUAUCCUGUACGCUGUGGAUACUUACAACCAGCACGACGGCCAGGUGGCCUAUGCCUUCGACACCCACACAGGCACUGAUGCUCACCCACAGCUGCCCUUCCUCAAUGAGUAUUCCUACACCACUCAAGUUGACUACAACCCCAAGGAGAGGAUGCUGUACGCCUGGGACAAUGGCCACCAGCUCACCUACACCCUCCACUUUGUGAUCUGAAUGGGCACCUAUGUUCACAGGGGAGGGCAGCGGAGGAGUGGGGGCCGUCCCUAGCAACUCCUGCAACUGCCGUCAGUAUCAGUUGGGGGUGUCCUGGGCAGGUGUUAGCAGGUGACACUCGCUUCCCCUGCAGAUUGUUGUGCUGAGGGCUUUUCCUGCAUUUACCCUGUUGACUCUUCUUGCUGCUUCCCAUGGAGGCGGAGAUCCUUAAGCCCACUGAGCAGAGGAGGUGACUGAAGCCCCCCGGAGCAACAUCUCAGUCACAGUAGGGCAAGCUGUGUUCUCACGAUAGCCACGUUUUAUAGAUGAGAUGACCUCGUCUAGUUCGUCCCCUCUCCAGGACCCUUCCCACUGAGGUCUCUGGGUCCUCUGUGCUGAUGCUCUGGAGCUCCAGGCCCCUCUUCUGGUUGAUGCUGGUGACCUUGAGCCCAGAGCCUCUUGACCUGUGGUCAGCCACAGAGCAGGAACCACACCCUGAAGCAAGCAUUGCCUCCCUCCAUAGCUACUUCUUGUCUUCCUGCUCCUUGCGUUCUCAGCAGCUGAGAAGGAAUAGGCAACUCAGCUGUGGCAGGGUAGGGUGCUGGUCUGAGCUUCUCCUGUACCAGAAGCCUUGCUUGGCCUUGGCCACCCAAUAGGCCUUGGCUCCUUCCCUAUCCCUUCCCAAAGGUUGGGCCUGGGGUUCUUUAUGGGCCUUCAAAGCUAGUCUGCUCACACUCAGGGAUUGCCAGGAGUAAGGCCUUUGUUUCUGGAAAGGUGGUCCCAAGACAGAACAGGCUUCCUCUUCCUUGUCCAUCCUGAGCUAGUUCAAUUCAGUAGAUUCAGUAGGGAAUCUGGGAAAUACAGGACAGAGGGGUUCAGAAGAGACCUUGGGCCUUGUUAGGUUGCAGGACAAAACCAGGAAGUAGAAGCAGGGAAAAAUAGCCUGGAGUCUCAACACCAGGAUUUUCUUUGAGAGAAUUCACGGGGUUAUGGACAUACAAUUGUAUAAGCUAUCCUACAAGGAGAUUGGCAGCUGCCCUGGGGCUGCUUGUGGCUCAGAAUCUCCAGACACAGGUAGGCCUGAGAACAUGACCAUUUAAGCCACUUAUGACCACUUUGGACAUUCUUUUUAAAGAUGUAGAGAAACGUUUUUGCCAUCUCCUUGUUUUACCAAAGAAAAUAUAAGUCCCAGCCGGGCGGUGGUGGCACACGCCUUUAAUCCCAGCACUCGGGAGGCAGAGGCAGGCGGAUCUUUGUGAGUUCGAGACCAGCCUGGUCUACAAGAGCUAGUUCCAGGACAGGCUCCAAAACCACAGAGAAACCCUGUCUCAAAAAACCAAAAAAAAGAAAGAAAGAAAGAAAGAAAGAAAGAAAGAAAGAAAGAAAGAAAGAAAGAAAAUAUAAGUCCCAACAGUUCUAGGGUAUGGGGUGGAAUCCUUUGGGAAAGCCCUGUACUCUCCUACAGACCCUCAGCACCUUUGAAGGUUUCUACCAAUGACCCCUACCCGGACCCUGGGCCCACUCCUAAGAUACCUGCAGUGGGUACCAGCUGCCCACUGUUCAGUGCUGUUAGGCAGAUUUAGGCUGUCUGUAGACUUCAUUUCCUCCAGACAUUGCCGGGUGAUGUUUUGCUUAAGGAAUAACUCACCCUGAAAUAAAGAGGGACAGUGACACCCAGCCCAGCCAGGUCUGACUCAUAGUGGUAGCCACACCCAGCUGACCACCACAGGCUCCCCUUCCAGCCUCUUUAGAGAACUUGGAAUCCCCUGUUCCUACCCUCCCUCCCCCCAAAGCCUGUGCACACCCUGACCUUUCCCUUGGUCCUGGGUGUGGGUUUGUUUUUUUUUUCAAGACUGUGUGUUUUGUGAUGUCAUAGCCCAACCAUGUGAGAGGUGCUGAGGCAGCUGCAGCACUCUGCGGGAACACCAGGACACACUGGUUUGAAGAGUAAACACACAUGGCAUAGUUUCCAGGGGCGGGACAAGGGCCUGCCAUAGUGACCAGUCAUCCUUAAGGUCCCUUCUGCUUUCAGCCUUUGUGUGCUCUGUGGUAAUACAGUUCAUUUCUUCAUUUAUAGAUAGUCACACUGGAUGCCAGGUGAGUCACCUGUCACAUAGGCUGGCAAUGGAAAGUAACCUGUUACUGUUAUCUGAGAAUCAUCGGUGUCCUCAACAGACAAGGCCCACGGGCAUGUGGAGGCAAUGACACGGAGGAAUUUGCCUAUGAUCACACAGCAAUGCGGUCUCUGGCAGAGCGAGGGGUUCAGGGCUCCUCAGAGCAUGCUUUUUGCCAUCUUCAUGCCACGCUGGCAGCAAGCUCCAGAAGGGAUGUUAGCUGCAGCCAUUCAAGAUGGCCAUGAGAAAAGUCAGCUUGUACAGAGCUUUGGGUGCCAAGCCAAGGAGUGGAUACAGCUAGCCAAGUCUAGAACAAAAUGGUGUAAUCUAACAGAGCCAAGAAAAUUCUAACACGAAUUCUGACUGGAUUUUGUCCUGUUGGUGAUGAAAAGCAGGGAAGGAGUUUUGAGUUUGCCAGUUUGUGAGCUCUAAAGGAAAUGUUCCUCCCGCUACCACACACACAAACUCACAGACACCUUCACACACACCACAUACAUGCACACACGUACCUUGGUGUGUACUAUGUUGGGCAAUGGGUACUUCCUAGGAGGCAAGGCCUGGGCUGUAUAGAACUGCCCACUGACCUUUUUACAAGGGCAAACCAUCUAGUGUCUGAACAACUCUAGAGGUAAGGAGCUUUGGCUUCCAUCACUAAUUCCUCUCCAGAGAUUGCCAGACCUUGAAGGGUGUUGGGGGUGCUAGGCAAGUGCUGGAUCACUGAGCCACUCCAGCCCCUCAGUCUUUGAAUCCCACUCUAGCGGGGUAGGGGGAGAUGACCUCCACCUUGGGGCAGCACAAAAGGCGGGAACAACUGUGGGGUCCUGUAGGGAACUAUUCUCCCUGCUGCAUCAGAGAACCUUUGUGGUGCGGUGCAGGGCACUGUGUGUCCAGUCCAGGUUCAGGGAAUGGGGAGCCUGUCUCUUCCAUGCUGCUCUUCCCUAAGCCUGGGAGGGGCAUUAAAUUCCUGAGACAGCUGGGACUAAGGCUUAGUGAGGACAGAGGACUUCAGGAGCCUUCCCUGCACCUGCAGAAUUAGGAGUCCCCUCGAACUGUAGUCUCACCAAUCCACCCUGGAACCCCCAAGAUUUCUCUCAUGGGUUAUGAGCCACAAGUUCCGAGAAGUUGAGCAGUGUGCUCAGGGCCAGGUAUGUAACAUGUAGAAGUGAGAUCCAACCUAGGUCUCUUUAAACCAAAGCCCCUAACUAACUGUUGUAAGUAGUCAUGGUUUAUGUUUUGUUUUUCUUGGUUUGGGCCAAUAGGAAGCUCAAAGACAAGUUUGCGAUCAUUUUGAGCAUUUAACUGGCUUCAUUCUAGUCUUUUGUAUGUACCUUUACCCUGAUUUAUUUUUAUUCUACUGUAUUUCAUCUAUCUUAUUAAGGUGCACCAAGAUCUUUUUGCAACAGUGUGGCAUAUACAUAAAUAAAAGUCAUGAAUA